CGACCGAAAGUCCGGUAUACCGGACGGUACCUGUGACCUCGAAGAUGCCGAAAGUCCAGUAUACUGGACGCAAGACACGUGUUCACCUUAGAAGUGCUGACUGUUAGACCUUGAGUUUGAAACCAAAACAAACCCACGCAAGUUCAAGUCAGAGGUCCAGUUGUUGGCUCUGAACAAUAAAACCCUUCAUCAUGGCACUGGGUUCGAUUUCGUUUACAUGAAGAUAAGACUGUUUGUGACUUGGUCAGCCAAACAGAUUUGAAGCGUCUUCACAGAAAAGAUGACCCAACAUUCCUCUGUGCGGGCAGAUCACUGCUUCUGUAGCUCUCAAGGAAGUGACGUGUUUAGUGAGUGUCUGAAUUAUCAGCUUGUGAGUCAGUGGCGGACUGUUUCUUUGGGGAAGCCAAGAUUUUUCAUUGAGUCGUCUGGAACUGAACAUUGACAACACUGUCCGGCCAGCCAGAUAGAAACAAUAACUUCCUGUUUGUUCGCUAAGCGAGAGACUGAACCAGAUUGUCAACAAGCGUAUGAGAAGUGAGGUCUGUGUGACCUUCACAACGCGCUGAAGCAAACCCUGCCUUUCCGCGCUCCCGCACGCCGUAUCUAUACUAGCGUAAACUUACACGACGCAACGAGUUGAAACUCGUGUACAGUCUGACCAAACAUUUUGGUGUAUAGUGUCAAUGUAUUUUGGAUAUAACGACGUCUCAAAUUUGAAGAAAAAAUUAUGGCAUAAAAAUGACCCUUUGUUUAUUGAGUUUAUGGAGACUCAUGCAAAGGGCAACAAAGCUUUAUGGAGUAAUGAUACAUUGGUGAAUGAAGACUCGAGAAACAUAAGGCCUGGCAGAAAGCAAUUGUUAAAUGCAGAUGGUGAUUCAGGUCAUGAAAGUGGUGACAUUUCAGAAUCUGAAAAUGAAAAAGAGGAAAUUGAGAACAAUGUUGCCAAGAAAAGGAUAUCUGAUCUAGAGUAUUUGAAGAUGAAAACUGUGAAAGAAGCUGAAGUAGAUGAUGAUUUAAAGAAUGAAAAGGAGACUGAUUGUAUGCAAAAAAAUGAGAAUAAGUCACAAACUCCAUCGACUCAGUUUUUUACAGUAAAAAUCAGAGGAUUGGCAUACAAAGCUAAGAAGAAAGAUGUGAAACUGUUUUUUCACCCCCUGAAACCUAAAAGUGUCAGGUUGCCUCCAAGAAGUAAAGGUAUUGCUUAUGUUGGCUUCAGAUCAGAAAAGGAACUCAAGCAAGCUUUAAUUAAGCAUUUAACCUUCUUAGCUGGAAGGAGGAUAAUGGUAACAAGAUAUAUAGAGAAAGACACUACAUCCAAAGCAGCAACAGGAAGGGACACAAAUAAUUGGAAGGACCAGGAGGAAAGUUUGAGGAAUGAAGAAUGCAUAGCAGAAUCUGGAAGAAUUUUUGUUAGAAAUCUUGCCUACACAGUCACUGAGGAUGACGUUGAACAACUUUUCAAUAAAUUUGGUCCAGUAACUGAAGUCAUUAUGCCUGUGGACCGUAAUACAAGAAAGGUGAAAGGUUAUGCUGUUGUAACAUUUCUUGUUCCUGAGAAUGCAGCCAGAGCGUUCAUUGAAUUGGAUGGUUCCGUAUUCCAUGGCCGAAUGCUUCAUUUGCUUCCAGGAAAAGCCAAACAGUCCUUGGAAGAACUCCUUGAAAAGGAAGGGCUGACAUUCAAACAGAAGCAAUUACUGAAGAAGAAGGCUGAAGCAGCCUCAUCCCACAAUUGGAACACACUAUUUUUGGGUCAGAAUGCUGUAGCAGAUUUAAUGGCAGAGAGAUACAACACAACAAAGGAAAAGGUGCUGGAUUCGAAUGGGAAACAAAGUGUCGCUGUAAGAUUGGCUUUGGGAGAAACACAGUUUGUGUCCCAGAUGCGAGAAUUUUUGGAAGAGAGUGGUGUCCAUCUCAGUGCUUUCAAUCAGGUUCCAAAGCAGAGAUCCAAAACAGUCAUCCUGGCUAAAAAUCUGCCUGCCAAAACAUCAGUGGCAGAGAUGCGGCAGUUGUUCAUGAAGUAUGGGGAACUGGGACGAGUUGUGAUGCCACCUACUGGUAUCACAGCCAUUAUUGAGUUUCUAGAACCAUCUGAAGCAAAGACUGCCUUCACAAAAUUGGCAUAUACGAAAUUUAAACAUCUUCCACUUUACCUGGAAUGGGCUCCAUCUGAUACCUUCUUAUCGCCACCAUCAAAACCAGGCACAGAGGACAAGACAUUGGAGCACAGUAAAUCAAAUGAUAGCUGCAGCAAUGAGAAUGCCUUAGCAGACACAGGUAAAAACAGUGAUGAUUCAUCUGAUGAAGAUGAACCCCCAGAGCCAGACACCACUCUCUUCAUCAAGAAUCUGAACUUCAGCACAGAGCAAGAGGAUAUUAGAGAACACUUCAAGAAAUGUGGUCCAAUUCACGAAGUGUCAGUUGCAAAGAAAAAGGAUCCAGGGGACCCACAAAGGCUUAUCUCUUUGGGUUAUGGCUUCAUCCAAUUUAAGAAGAGGGCUAGUACUGAGAAAGCUCUAAAGACACUACAACAGUCUGUCUUAAAUGAACAUGCCAUAGAGUUGAAGCGCUCCAACAGAACAGUCAAGACUGAUGUUCACACAACUCGAAAGAGGACCAAGGUUGGAAAACAAACAGGCACCAAAAUUUUGGUUCGGAAUGUUCCUUUCCAAGCCACAAAGAAAGAAGUAAUGGAUUUGUUUAAAACUUUUGGCGAGCUGAAGGCUUUAAGGUUACCCAAGAAAAUGGUGGGAACUGGAUCUCACAGAGGAUUUGCGUUUGUUGACUAUUACACCAAACAUGAUGCUAAGCAAGCAUUCAAAGCCCUUUGUCAGAGUACUCACUUGUAUGGCCGCCGCCUAGUACUGGAAUGGGCAGCAGCUGAAGAAAAUGUUGAAGAACUGAGGAAGAGAACAGCAGAGAACUUCAGUGAGGGUCCACUGCAUAAAACACUGAAGAAGGGUACUGUUAAACAUAAUGUGGAUGAAGACUCAGAUUGAAAUGAAAAUUAUGUUAGGAUUCUGUGGACAUAGUUGAAGAAGCGUGACUCUUGAAGAUAACCAUGUAUCAUAAGUGCAAAAAUAAAUUAUAAUUAUGCUUUUAUUAAUUAUUUGUUAUUGAAUUGUAUAAUUGCUCCUCCUGGAUAACCCCUGGCUAUGACAUGGUAAGGUCUUACUCUUAGUAUGAUAUACAUUUCUGCAGAAUAUUAUACUUAAGCAUCCUUUUGCAUUUAUAUAUAAUCAAAAACACACAGUAUAUUCAGUCCUCAGUGCAACUAUUUUUCACUUUUCACAUGUUUCUGCCUCAAAUGGCCAUCAUCAGCUGUUUUGUCUGUUCCAAAACUGUCACACUGUAUAAAAUGUUCACUUGUAUAAAUAAGUGAACUUGCAGAUUUGAUGUUUCUUGUUUAAUUUACUAGAUGUACAUUCGAUAUGCUAAAAUAUGCUGAAAUUAAGCCUUGUUACAAGGGUGGUUGCGAGAAUGAUCCAUCUAAUUAUAGGCUCAUCUCCCUCUUAACCUCCUUCUCAAAAAUAUUUGAGAAGAUAGUUUUGUCUAGAUUAAAUCAGCAUAUCCAUGAUCAUAAUAUAAUAGUCAAUGAGCAAUUUGGAUUUAGACGUCAAUCCUCAACUGCUAAAGCCUCUUACGUGUUACUCAAUGAAAUACUAGAAGCAUUAAAUAAACAAAAAGUUGUAGGUGGAGUUUUUUGUGACUUGAAGAAGGCGUUUGAUAGUGUGAAUCACGAAAUAUUGUUGAGUAAACUACAAUAUUAUGGGAUACAAGGUAGAUUUUAUGAUUUAAUUGCAUCAUACUUAUCAGAUCGACAUCAGAGAGUACUAAUAACAGAUAUUGAAA